AUGGGUAUCAGAGAUGAAUGUGGGAUACGGGACCUGGUCAUGAGGCGCGAGCUACCCUCACCCAACCUCCGACCGUGUUUGGGAAGGGAAAGGAGUAUAAUAGCAGCUUCUAACAGAGAAAUGGCGGAUUAUAUAAUAGGAGGAAGGGCUGCUGCUAUUGCCAAGGCUAUCCAGGCCAAGGCAGUGGCUGGGGCAGAACCGAAAACAGGACCAGUUACCCAGGCCAAGACUGGGGAUGGAGCCAGGACACAGACAGUGACCUACACUGAGGCCGUGGCUAUGGCAAAGGAAGUAAGCAAGAUGGAAGCCAAGAUUAAAACUAGAGUCAUGGCUGAAACCAAGGCAAAACCCUUGGCAGAACCUGGUAUAGUGCCCCCAAACAAUUCAAAAGCCAUGCCUACGUCUAGGGUCAGUGCUGUGCACAAGUAUGAAGUCAAGGCUGAUGCUGGAAGUGAAGCCAGUGUCAGGUUCUUUUCCAGGGCUGAUAAUAAGGCCAAUAUUGGAUCCAGGCCCCCAAGAAGGAGAGAGGCCAGCAUCAAGUUCAGGGUUGGGGACAGAGCUGGUAGUAUAAUCGAGCCCAAUGAUGAGGAUGAAGAAAAUAUCUGUUCCUGGUUCUGGACUGGAGAAGAGCCUAGUUUAGGAUCCUGGUUCUGGCCUGAAGAAGAAACCCCUUACCAAGUUUAUAAGCCUCCACCUAAGAUCCAGGAAAAGCCCAAACCCAUGCCCAUAUCCAAACAUGCACUUACUAUAAAGCAAAGAGCAGCAGCAUGGUCAAGAGCCAGGUACUGUGUCCUAGUCCCAGUGGAGGGAGGGGAGCUAUCCUUGCCUCCAGAAGGGAAUUGGACUCUGGUUGAGACCUUGAUUGAAACUCCUCUGGGUAUUCGGCCUCUGACCAAGAUCCCACCCUUUAAUGAUGGGCCUUACUUCCAGACCUUAGCUGAGAUCAAAGAACAGAUUAGGUAUAGGGAAAAGUAUGGGCCGAAUCCAAAAACUUGCCGCUGCAAAUCACGUGUUUUCAGUUUAGAGCCUAAAGAGUUCGAUAAACUCGUUGCCCUACUUAAGUUAACUAAGGAUCCUUUCAUUCAUGGAAUAGCAAAGAUGAUAAUGGGCAUCAGUCCUGCUUAUCCAUUUACCCAAGAUAUAGUUCAUGAUGUAGGUAUUACUGUUAUGAUUGAAAACUUAGUCAAUAAUCCCAAUGUUAAAGAACACCCUAGAGUUGUAAAUAAGGUGGUUGACAACUCUGAGUCUUCUGAAGAACAAAAAACAGGAGAGACAUAUAUAGAUGAAGUUUGUAAGGACAUAAUGUCUUAUCCUUUGAACUCCCCUGUGCAACUUUCAGGACUAAAAUUAUUGGAGCACUUGAGUGUGAAAUUUGAGAAUCACCACAUGAUUGCCAGUUAUAUUCCAGAUUUCCUCACCUUGUUAAACAUGGGAAGUGUCAAAACCAAGUUUUAUGUUUUAAAAGUGUUUUUGCGCUUGUCUAAAAAUCAAGCCAAUACAAGAGAACUGAUCAGUGCCAAAGUACUGUCAUCAUUGGUUGCACCCUUUAACAAGAAUGAGUCAAAGGCCAAUAUUCUUAAUAUCAUUGACAUUUUUGAGAAUAUAAAUUUCCAAUUCAAAAAGAAGGCGAAGCUAUUUACCAAGGAAGAGUUCACUAAAUCUGAACUUAUUUCCAUAUUCCAGGAAGCAAAAGAGUUUGGUCAGAAACUCCAAGACUUAGCAGAGCACAGUGAUCCUGAGAACGCCCAUAGCCUGGAAUUCCAGCUGUGGGUACUGCUUUCAGAGUUGGGAACCUUCACUAUACAAUUGGACCAGACCCUUUGGAAUAUUCUGUGUCUCAAAUACCCUAUGGAGCACACACUUAAGCAGUUGAUGGCUAUAGACUUUCCCAUCAGCUAAAGAGAAGGCUGCACAGCUCCAAGCGCGGGCCUGGGUACGGCAGCACCGUGCUAGCUGGAGCGCAGUUGGAAACAGAGACUAAGCUAGCCGGAUGGGGAGAAAGACUGAGCUGCACUAAGUUUUGGCAUGGUCUUCACUGAACUACGAAAGCCUCGGAUGCUCUGCUGAUGCCAGGUAAUGGCACAUCAUCUCUGGAUUCUGGCCCUUUUUCUAGGCUCAGUGAAGACAGUGCUGGACUUCUUGCACAGCUGGACAGAGCUAAGCCACCUGGCCGUGGAUGAGACACUGGGCACCUGGGGACAGUACUUUGUGUUUGCUCCAGCUCCAAUAAAUCUUACCACUACACCUCAUCCUCCCACACGUGGGUCCCCAAAAUGCUUUUCUCAUAACCCUGUGGAAUAGCCCUAUUUCUACCAGCAACACCUAUUCUAUAAAUGAACUGAGAACAAGUCAUACAAGAGAUAUUUCAAAGUCUCACAGUAAAAUCAACUUUUUGCAGAUCUACUCCCCUGUCAGUAAGUAUCUUGGAAUCAGUAUUCCAGCACCUUGAGAAUUACCAGAUACCUUAUGCCGGUAUGAUUAUAAACUUUUAGUUAGGAAAUUAAAUAAAAUAGAAACCACAAGUGAA